AUGAGCAGCAGCGACAACCCAGCAUCGACCGAAUGGUCGGUGUCGCUCGCAUACCAAGACAUCAUCCCUGACACCAUCGCGAUGCUGCCGUUGUUGCGACUUCCUGCGACCUCUCCUCGCAAGCCAGGCCCGGGCAUACGGCAAGUGCAAACGCCACGGCGGAUCCAAACGGUGCCAAGUUGUCGGCUGUACAAAAAUGUCGCCGAGUGCAAGCGCGCUGCCCAGAGCAAAGGCUUAUGCAAACUGCAUGGUGGUGGACGGCCGUGUUUGGUGGAAGGGUGUGAGAAGAAAGCGCACAUGCGCCAGUUGUGUCGGCAGCACGGAGGAGGAGCCAAAUGUGCCACGGACAAUUGCGACAAGUGGGCUCAACGAAACGGGUUGUGCCUGAUGCAUGCCAAGCGCGUGGAUGACGAUGCGUUGGCGGUCGAAGCGAUGGCGUCGUUUGUCGUAUAA